AACAGAGGCAGCAGCAGCAGCAGCAGCAGCAGCAGCACCUGGGCCAUGGCAGAGGAUGGGCCGAAGCAGCCGCAGCUCAGCAUGCCUCUGGUCCUGGACCAGGACCUGACCAAGCAGAUGCGGCUGCGCGUGGAGACCCUGAAGCAGCGUGGGGAGAAGCGCCAGGACGGUGAGAAGCUGCUGCGGCCAGCCGAGUCCGUGUACCGCCUCGACUUCAUCCAGCAGCAGAAGCUGCAGUUCGACCGCUGGGACGUCGUGCUGGACAAGCCAGGCAAGGUCACCAUCACGGGCACCUCCCAGAACUGGACGCCUGACCUCACCAACCUCAUGACGCGCCAGCUGCUGGACCCUGCCGCCAUCUUCUGGCGCAAGGAGGACUCGGACGCCAUGGACUGGAACGAGGCCGACGCCCUGGAGUUCGGGGAGCGCCUGUCCGACCUGGCCAAGAUCCGCAAGGUCAUGUACUUCCUCAUCACCUUCAGCGAGGGCCUGGAGCCCGCCAACCUCAAGGCCUCCGUGGUCUUUAACCAGCUCUGA